GAGGAUUACGACACCGGAAGCUGAUUCUUCUUUUCCUGUGUGGACGGCGGCCGCCAUGCGAGAUGUCAGCAGUUUCCUUCAGGAGCAGCAGAGCGGUAGCGCCAGCGCCGAACUUGGGCAGGAAUGGCACAGCAUGGAGGAGCUUUACAACAAGAAACUCUGGCACCAGCUGACAGUGCGACUGCAAAGCUUUGUCCAGAACCCUUGCUUUGCCACUGGCGAUGGUUUAAUUAAGCUGUAUGAAAAUUUUAUCAGUGAGUUUGAACACAGGAUUAACCCUCUGUCCCUUGUGGAAAUUGUUCUGCAUGUAGUGAGGCAAAUGACAGAUCCGAAUGUGGCUUUAACAUUUUUGGAAAAAACAAAAGAAAAGGUCAAAUCAAGUGAUGAGGCAGUAAUUCUCUGCAAAACGGCGAUUGGGGCUUUGAAGUUAAAUGUUGGUGAUCUGCCGGUGACAAAGAAAACAAUUGAGGAGGUAGAUGAGAUGCUCACCAACCUCCCAGGGAUCACUUCAGUUCACGGGCGCUUCUAUGAUCUCUCUAGCAAGUAUUAUCAGAUUGUUGGAAACUACGCUUCCUACUACAAGGAUGCCCUGAGGUUUCUGGGCUGCAUUGACAUCAAAGAUCUUCCAGUGGCUGAGCACCAGGAGCGAGCGUUCACUCUGGGACUGGCAGGACUGCUGGGCGAAGGUGUCUAUAACUUCGGGGAACUGCUGAUGCAUCCUGUGUUGGAAUCUCUCCGGAGCACCGACAAGCAGUGGCUGAUCGAUACAUUGUAUGCCUUCAACAGUGGCAACGUGGAGAAGUUCCAGGCUCUGAAGACAUCCUGGGGGCAGCAGCCGGACCUGAGGGCCAACGAACUGCGGCUGAUGGAGAAAAUCCAACUGCUAUGUCUGAUGGAGAUGACCUUCACCCGCCCAGCUAACCACCGGCAACUGACCUUCAGGGAGAUCUCGGAGAUUGCCAAGGUUCCUGUUAGUGAGGUGGAACUACUGGUGAUGAAGGCAUUGUCUGUGGGUCUGGUGAAGGGAAGCAUUGAUGAGGUGGAUGAGCGCGUUCACAUGACAUGGGUCCAGCCCCGAGUGUUGGAUCUGCAGCAGAUUAAAGGCAUGAAGGAGCGUCUGGAUUACUGGUGUGAAGAUGUGAAGAACGUGGCCCUGUUGGUGGAACACCAAGCACAGGACAUCCUCACCUGACCCACAGCUGCCCUUUGCACACCAGCCCCAUCGCAGACACCAAUCAGUCAACUCUACAACCAUGCAUUUUAAUCUUGUCUGUGGGGGGACGGUGUUGGGAUUAGGAUGAAGCAGUUUGAUUUCUUUGCCUGGAGACAGGGAGUCAGCUGCUUGGGCUGAGGGCAUUUUCACUGCCCCCCUUCUCCCGGCCCCUCACUUACCCCCUACCUUUCCCACUGCCCAGGGAAUUCUCACAUCUUCUACUGCCUCACACCCCAAGUGGUUGAGGGUGGAGAAAUGGGUGGUCCCGUAUCCCUGACGUUCACACACCCUGGGGAUGAGGGUGAGUGUGGGUGGUCCUGUGUACCUGAUGCCGGUACCCCUGGGAAAUGAGGGCAGAGGGGGUGUUGGCUCCAUUUCCUUGACAUCCACACUCCCUGGAGGAAAAGGGCAGGGAGGUGGAUGGUCCUAGCUACCAGAGUUACCCUGGGAGUUGGGCUGUGGCAGUGGGUCAGUCUGCUACCCCUCCUUUUUAAACUGAUUUUUUAAAUGUUAGGAUUGAAGAUUUUGUGAAAUCAUUUUGGGAGUGGGGGAUCAAAUUAUUGGGGGAAGGAGCCCCUAGAGUGGCAGCUCAUUGGGGGGAGGAAGCAUUUGUUUGUGAGUAUAUGCUGCUUUUAAUAAAGUGUGACCUUCUGCA